AUGAUUGAUUUAAUUACUACUACGAUGAGCUUGAAUUGGUUGUCAGACCAGUGUUUAGCCUACGGGCUAAUAAUGUACUUUACGCGCAAUUUCGACUAUUUCACCAAACAAGGCAUCACUGGACCGAAGCCCAUACCACUGUUGGGCAACUCAUGGGAGCAGUUGUUUUUUAAUCGAGAUGAUUUAGAGAUACGGAGGCUUAAAAAAUACGGCAAAAUAUUUGGUAGAAAGCAAGUACUCUGUAAAUUCUUUUAUAAUCAUGUUAAACGUAUUAAAGGGUUAAUUCGAGAUAAACAUAUUAACUCUAUAAGAGUAUUCGAGGGCAACCGUACGCUACUACAGGUGGCCGACCCGGCGGUCAUCAAACAUAUACUGGUGAAAGACUUUCACCUGUUCACUGACCGGCCGCUGCCGACCAACGCCCGGCACCCCAUCGGCAGCGAGAACCUGUCCAUAGCGGGCGGUCACCAGUGGCGGCGCAUGCGCUCCACAGUGUCGCCGAUGUUCACCUCAGGGCGCAUGCGUCGCACGUAUCCACUUAUCGGCCACUGUUUGCGGCAACUGAUGGCCACUCUGGCCGAGUCGGCGGCGACGCCGGGUGGCGGUUCGUUAGACGUCUACGAGGCGUAUCUGUGGUACGCUAUGGACACGAUAGCGGCGGCCGCCUGGGGUGUAGAGACCAACGCCAAGCUCCGGCCCGACGAACCACUCGUCCACACCGCCCACCAGUUGGCCAACAUAUCGGGCCUGAAGAUAGUGUUGGCCGGACUCGUGCCGCGACCCGUACUCUCGGCGCUGGGCGUUAACACGUUCCGCGACGACAACACUAUGAAUAAACUCAUUGAACUGAUCCGACAACUGGUGGACCGCCGCCGACGCGAGAGUCGCCAGGAUUUUAUCAGUCAAAUGCUUACGGCUCGACCGAUGACCAGUCGCGUGACGGCCACUGCCGCCGGUGAUGACAAAAGUGAUGAAAGCAAAUCAUACGAAGGACACCAUAUUAGUGAAGGUGACGAACACUCUAUGGCCGAGAAAAAGGUGCUGACAAUGCAGGACAGGUCGAGCCCACUGAGCGAAACGGAAAUCAUAGGCAAUUCGCUGUUUUUCUUUCUCGCCGCUUACGAGCAGUUGGGGCUAACACUGGCCUACUGUACGAUGGAGUUGGCGCUGAGUCCCCACAAUCAGCAGCGCCUGUACGACGAGCUACGAGCGGUCAUACCGGACGCCAACUCGGAAAUUGCGUACGACGUGUUGGCCACUCUACCAUUCCUGGACGCCGUGCUGUCCGAGUCGAUGCGUCUGCACGCGUCACCGCUGCGACUGCGCCGAUACGCGGCCGCCGACUAUCGGCUCCCGGGGACUAAUGUGACCGUCAGAGCCGGUCAAGAGAUACAGAUACCCACCUAUGCUAUGCAUCACAUGGACGAGUACUACCCGGAGCCGAACCGCUUCCUACCGGAGCGCUUUAUGCCCGAAAACCGGUCAAAACUGACGCCCUAUACGUACCUGCCGUUUGGUGUGGGCCCGCGAUAUUGCGUGGGAAUGCGUUUCGCACUAAUGGAGGCGAAGUACGCGUUGGCCCAUAUUGUGCGCCGGUAUCGGUUUGUACGGUGCCCGGAGACCAACGUCCGGCCCCCACAGGCCAGUCACCCGAUCCUAAUAUUGCCCAAAUCGUUGUACGUAGGCGUUGAGGCCCAAAAAUUUGAUCUUAAUCCAAUCAAUAACCAAGACAUACAUUUGGUCACCCUAGAGGUGUUCCUCCAAGAGAUGCACUUUUUAAAGACGUGUCAAUUAGCAAUUAAAAUAUUGGAUAAGAUAAUGUCAUUACAAUACGGAAUAAGCAAUCAUUCAUUUAUUAUUAUAAAUGAUCACAAAAUGUGUGACGAUUUGACUGCACUUAUCGUUUCGAUGGCCAGUUUUGGACACGUGAUGUCGUGUGUGGCCAUCGCCCAGAGCCUGUGGGCCAGCGGUCGCUACCGGCGAGUGGUGUACGCGAUAAGUAGCAAAUGGUCGGGAAGACUGGGGCAGUACUGCUCCGGCAUAGAGGAGGUUGUGGUCGACGAGGAGUAUGACGACAAGACGGCCGCUAAAGUGGUGCCCAAAUGGCGUGAAGUGACCGAAGCCGGCGAAUCGGUCACCGCUCGGGCCCGGGUAUUGGCCUUUGCUACCCGUUUACGACUGGCCAACGCCCAGCGUCUCGACGCAACGAUUGAAGCACUCAUAGUGCGCGUGCGGCCCGACUUGAUUGUAAUGGAUUCGUUGCUUGAGUUGCCUUCGGUCCGAAUGGCCGGUGUGCCCGUCGUGUGUCUAUGGAGUUUAGGUCCUAUAUGUAUGUUGGAUGACGAGAGCACUCCUCCACACGCUUCAGGUCUGUCGAUUACGGGUGACAAACAAUUAUGGCGUGAGUUUCGGUCGGCUGUGCGACACGAGUCGAGUCAAUCAUUGCAAGCGUUUCAGCAAUACUUUCAAUCGCGCGGUUAUUGUCAACCUUUUAGUGACAACACGUUUGUCACCGCAAACCCUAUGAAUCAACUAAACCUAUACUACACUCCCGUCGAACUCGACUACACUGACUGUCGACCCCUUCCCGGAGAUAAUUACUAUAGAGUCGAUCACUUGAUGCCCGCAGACAACGAAGUGGCGGCCAAUGACUUUCAACUACCGGCACAUUGGAUGUCAACUUCUGGGACACCAUUAGGUAAACUGAUAUACCUAUCGAUGGGAACACUGGUGUCGGACGACGUGCACACUAUGCGCCGAUUGGUAAACAUGUUGGCCAAAGUGGCGCCCCAUCGGGUGGUGGUGUCUAUGGGUGUCAAACACAGCGACUAUACUCUGGCCGACAAUAUGUGGGGCGCGGAGUGGUUGCCACAGAGACGUGUCAUACCGCUCGUUGAUCUGGUCGUAUCCCAUGGCGGAUGCAAUACCCUAUGCGAGUGUUUCUACCAUGGUAAGCCUAUAAUUGUAAUGCCUGUUAUGGGCAAUCAAUUUGACUUCGCACAGGCUAUACAGGAUCGGGGACUCGGCAUACGUCUGGACCCAUACCAGUGCUCGGAGGCUGAACUGUUGGCCGCAGUCGAGCGGCUGUUGAAUGACAACGAGUUGACUGAAAAGUUGGCAAACAUUUCGCAAAGAAUUCAAUCAAACAAUAGUUUGGAAAAAUUGCCACAAAUUAUUGACAAUUAUAUCGAGGCGUACGGCUCGUCAAACUCCAUGAUCUCACCCGCGUCUAGAACC